AUGGAGGACAGUACAGACUUCCCAGAAGACUCCAUGAGACAUGUAGAAGCGUUGCUGAGUAGGCACCCGCCUCAAAUGGUGCUGCGAAUGUUCCAACAUGUUAUGGACUCGAGACGAAAUUCCAUGGCUUCUUCCCAUACGACAUCAUCAAACUCGUCACUUCGUUCGCGACUGUCUGUAGCUUCCAGUUUCUCGACCAUGUCCAGCUCCACCAGCCAUAGUGACAUAGCACCAUCCAUCGCAUCAUCCAGUUCAUCGCGAUCAAGGAUAAGACGCCCAGAGCCGCGAUCCUACCCCUCAGGCCUUGAUCCUACCAGACCACGACCUACUCUAAUGACGCCCACCUCUAAUCCAAGUAGUCCGCUGGACGGAAGUGUCGAACCUAUUUUCACCCCUACGGAGGAGGACAUGACGAGCAACGCAUCGCCUAUCACGUUUCAAAGCGACAAAAGCCAAAGUCAGAGUCAGACCGGAGACUCUUUUAUGUUCUGUACAUAUUGUGCCGAGCUUAAUGUUCUGAAGACGUUCAAAGCGAAGUCGGAUUGGAAAAAGCACGAGAUGAGGAUGCAUGAGACAGGCGAGGACUGGCCUUGCCCAGUGAAUGGGUGUAACCGGAUAUUCGAUCGGCAAAAGGACUUCGUUCGACACCAUGUGCGCUAUCAUUCGGGUCGACCGUUACCAUCCGUGACCGAUAUAGGCAUACGAUUACUUCCGCGCAGGGUCUUUGGCUGUGGCUUCGAAAAAUGCAAAGAUGUUAGUAUAGGGUGGGACGAGCGAUGCGAUCACGUUGCGAAACACAUGAAGAACGGUUCUCCAUUCGAGCAGUGGAAAUACUCGAAUGUCAUUCGAAAUCUCAUUCGACAGGAAGCAUUGCACGAUACUUGGAAAGAGAUAUUCGGCAGUUUGGACGAACGACUAAAGGAGAGCAGAUCUCAAAUCGCCUGGUCUCCCGACAAUACGAGAGUUCUCAGGCAGAAGCUUCAAUGCUGUGAUCUCAGGCCAAGUCGGGAGGAGGUUCUGAUCACGGCAUUGAGCAUGCGUUCGGAUCUACCCCUUGAUACGUCGCAUCUAAGCAUACCCCCCGGUUUCAUCACGCCGAGCCGAGACUCGGUUCCCAACGUCGAUCAACUGUCGCGAGAACAACGAAUGCAUAUUUUGAUAGGGAACAUGAAUAUCACACUGUCGCGUUCUCGCCUUGCAGCCGUGAAUGCAGCGCUGCUGCAAGCGAGCAGCACCCCGCCUAGUUUCGGCACGUUCAACACACCCCCAACUCCUGACGAAGGAAAUAAGCGCAUCAGCUUCAUGGAUGUGGACUCUGCAGAGUUCGACCUGGCCGACCCGGGAAUUCCUCAAAUGCCGCAGCAUCACACACCGCAGCAAACUCACAUUGAUCCUGAGCCCCAGCAGCAGCAGCACCACCACCAGCAACAGCAGCAACAACAACAGCAGCAGCAGCAGCAGUCACAAGCUCAACCCCAGCACGCUGAGUAUGUCGAGUCUGGAAAGCCUGCUAUGUUCGUAGAUCCCGGCAGACCUACUGCUUUUGUGGAUCCUGGAAGGCCCUCUUCUGGUUAUACAGACCCGUCACGAACAGCUUAUGUUGACGCCGGAAAGGCUUCGAAUCCGUUGGGAUGGUGCUAUCCUAACUACUUUGAUGCUGCGCCGACUUUCGAAGAAUCUCAAUACUAUGAUCGACCAUCAACAUUUGGUCAGAUGUUCUCACGGCCUUUGCACAAGAUCGGAAGCAGGCUGGGUUCGCGACACAGUUCGCCCCACUCGCGUCCUUCGUCUUCUAACGACCAUCACGAGCUGAACGGCCCGGAAUUUCCCAUUCAACAUCCCAUGCAGCCUCCGCCGCCACCUUACCAACAGCAGAUGAAUGUGACAACGAUGCGGCCACAGUAUCGUGGUCUUGACGAACACCAGAACCAGCUACACCUGUUCACGCAUCAAAACUAG